AUGCACGGAAUUUCCUUCGUUCGCUUUGACAACGUGCGCGGCUUGGACUCGACUUCUUUCGGGGCUCGAGACCUCGAAGGCAGAAGCCACACCCAGUCUUUCGACUUGAAUGCAGCGUCGUCAGUGCACUCGGAGCAACGGCCAGUCACCACUCGGACUCGUCACCGGACCGCUGUACGGCUGUCGCUCUGUUUGUUGUGCUUUGUGUGUUGCGCCUGGUGCUGGUGUCUCGUUGGCGUCUCGGAGUCGGACUGCUGUCCGUCCCAACACGAAGGACCGGAUGUCCGUGCUCGUCUUCUCGCCAAAACGAGUCCCACCCGCACAACAUGA